AUGGUUUGUGUAGUCUUGGGUGCCAACCCUCCAUUGUCUGUGUUUGAGGGAUUUAUCAAUCGUAUGUGGGGUAAGCUGGGUAUUGAGAGAAUAGCACGCAUGAAUGGAGGAUAUACUCUUGUUAAAUUCAGGGAUGAAGCUACUAGAGACUUGGUUUUGGAAGCUGGUGUGGUUCAUUUUGACAGAAAGCCAGUUUUACUGAGGCCAUGGGCGACUGGUAAGCCUAUGAUGAUGGAUAUGGUAACCAAGGACAAAUCUAUGGUGAAAUUUGCCAGAGUUCUUGUAGAUGUUGAAAUCUCUGAUAAUAUUCCUCAGUGUAUUAGCUUUUUAAAUGAGAGUGGCCAGUUGAUGGAGCAACCUAUAGAAUUCGAAUGGUUGCCUACUCGUUGUUCUUGUUGUAAUAAUUUGGGUCAUGGUGCUUCUAAUUGUGAAAGGUCUCAGGUUGCAGACAAGGAUAGUCAGCAGCAAAGAAAUUGUGAUAAUCUGGCUGGUUCUCGAGAGUUGAAGACAGGUAAUGACUCAGUUCAGGAUGCUGGUAACUCAUCAGUUGGGCAGGAUCUAUCUUGGUCUACCCCAAAGAGAGUAGGUGGGGUUAAGAUAAAAGCUGCUGCUAACGUGACAGUGAGGGGUAACAAGUUUAGUCUCUUACAGGAGAGCAAGGAGAUGGUUACAAAAAGGAAUUUACAUGAUCCUCAACCUUCUAAUGGAGGGAUUUUGGGUGGUUUUCUUGAAACUAAAUUGAAAAACAAAAAAAUUGAGGAGAUGAUGAUGAAUUUUUUUGUUGGUUGGAAGUGGUAUAGCAGUGAGGUAGUUGAAGGAAGGAUUCUCUUAGUUUGGAGGGAAGAUAUUGUUCAAGUAAAUAUUAUUCAUGUCAUGGACCAACUUGUUCAUUGUGAAGUUAGGAUAAAAGGUUCUAUGAACCAAACGUUGCUGUCAUUUGUCUAUGGUAGGAAUACUUUGGAAGAGAGAAAACUGCUUUGGCCUCAUCUUUUGUGUCCCAAGGCUUCAGCAGCUCCUUGGCUGGUUGUGGGGGAUUUUAAUGCAAUAUUUGAUUAUGGUGAUCGCAUAGGGGGUCGAGAGGUCUCUCACUCGGAAGUGGCUGAUAGUAGCCAGUGGAGAGCUUCUGUUUUAAUUACUGAAUUACGGUCUAAUGGAUCAUUUUUCACAUGGUCUAAUAAUCAACAUCCAGAAACUAGGAUUUACUCUAAGCUGGAUAGAGUUCUUGUCAAUGAAAAGUGGUCUGAUUCUUUCCCUGACUCUGAAGCUAGAAUAUUUUGGGAUACCUUAUCUGACCAUUGCUAUUGCAUCAUCAAGACUGUUCAGUUCAAGGAGUUUGGGAUUAAACCUUUUAGAUUUUAUAAUUGCUGGUCUACCCAUGAGGAUUUUCGUGUUAUUGUUCUUGAUUGCUGGUUAAAACCAGCAGGGGGAAUCGGGUUGCAGCAGGUCUUGCUGAAGCUUAAGAGACUAAUUCCUAUUUUGAGUCGCUUCAACAAACAACAAGUUGGGGAUCAGGAAGAGUCUGAUGCAGCUAGAGAUUUUGCUAACAAAUCCUGUUCUUAUGAGAGCUUUCUGCGUCAGAAGAGCAAGAUUAACUGGCUGAGGUUUGGUGAUGAGAAUACGGCGUAUUUUCGUGCUUCUCUUAAACAACGGAAAAUGAGGAAUCGUAUUUCUAGUUUUAUUAACGAUGAGGGUCAUAUUGUUGAAAACUAUCCUGAGGUUAUUGAUCAUUUUUACAAUCACUUUAGAGGUGUUAUGGGUAAGGUGAGUUUAGCUUCAAGGCAGAUUGAUCAGAAUUGUUUCAAAGAGGGGCAUACUUUAACACUGGAGCAACAACUCAGAUUGAUUCAGCCUUUCACCCGGAAAGAUGUUAGGAGAGCUUUGUUUAGUAUUCCUUCAAUCAAGAGUCCAGGUCCUAAUGGGUAUGGUUCGGGCUUUUUUAAAGCUCUUUGGAGGGAUAUUGGUGCUGAAAUUUCAGAUGCAGUUUUGUUGUUUUUUACAACUGGUGAGAUUCCUACUGAGUUAAAUAGAACUAUACUCACUCUUAUACCUAAGGUAGAUUCUCCCUCUGUGGCUUCCGAUUUUAGACCCAUUGACUGCUACCAAAAUCAGGGUGCUUUUGUUAAAAAUCGUCAGCUGGCUCAUAAUAUUCAGAUGCUUCAGGACUUGCUUCAUGGGUAUUCUAGAAAGAAUAUAUCUCCCCGGUGCCUGUUAAAGAUCGACAUUAGUAAGGCCUAUGAUUCUGUAGAUUGGGCAUUUUUGGAAGAGAUUUUGUCAGCUUUUUGCUUCCCUAGAAAGUUUAUUAAGUGGAUUAUGGUCUGUUUGUCGGAUUCCUCUUAUACACUGCUUAUGAAUGGGCGGUUACAGGGCAGUUUUGAGGGGAGGAAAGGGUUAAGACAGGGGGAUCCUAUUUCUCCUCUUUUGUUUGUACUGGUUAUGGAGUAUCUUACUAGACUCCUUAAGCAGGUUGCCAAUCAUAGAGAGUUUAGAUUUCACCCUUUGUGCAAGCAUUUACAUUUAGUGAACCUUUGCUUUGCGGAUGACCUGAUCUUGUUCUGUAAGGGCAAUUAUCGUUCUGUUCAGUUGAUGUUUGAGGGUUUUUUGAGUUUCUGUAAUAGUUCAGGGCUGGCUGUUAACUUGAAUAAGUCUCAAAUUUACUUAGGGGGUGUAGCAGCUGAGGUGAAGCUGAGUAUUUUGAAUCUUGUUGCACUUGGAGAGGGUAAUUUCCCUUUGAAAUACCUGGGUUUCUCUUUGAGACCUACGAAAUGGCAAGCUGCUGAUUGUGGGGUUAUCAUCAAGAAAAUUCAGACUAAACUUCACAUGUGGGCGAGUAGACACCUUUCAUUCGCGGGGAGAACACAGUUGAUAUUUUCAGUUUUACUUAGCAUCCGUAAUUAUUGGAUGCAUGUUUUGUUGCUGCCUAUUAGUGAUAUUAAUGAAAUUGACAGGUUGUGUAGAAAUUUUCUUUGGGGCUCUUCCAAUUCUCGAAGUAAACUUCAUUGUACAUCUUGGGCUCAAGUUUGUCUCCCUAAAUCUCUUAGAGGUCUGGGAUUUAUGGAAGGUGCUGUGUGGAAUAAAGUUCUCAUGGCUAAAUUCAUUUGGGCUUUAUCCACUAAGCAAGAUAUGUUAUGGGUGAAGUGGAUUGAUGGAAUUUAUCUCAAGGGUCAUUCUUUUUGGUCUUACAAUCUUAAAGCUGAUGUGAGUUGGUAUUGGCAUAAACUCUGUUACCUAAGGGAAUUUGUCUUUGAAUCUAAGCUGGUUAGUGCAACUGUGAAUGGUUCUCUCAGGCUGAAGGUUUUGCUACACAGCACUCUUCAAAGACAAUCAGUUGCAUUUGCUAAGGAUGUUUGGUGUUGUCUUUCUGUCCCUAAGCAUAGGUUCAUCUUGUGGCAGUCUGUUUUGGGUCAUCUUCUGACUAGGGAUAAUUUAGUGAGGUGCCAAGUGGCUGGUGUCUCUGUGUUGUGCCCGGUCUGUGAGCAGGAGGAGGAAUCGCAUCAGCACCUUUUCUUUGAUUGCUGGUUUUCUCAGCAAGUCUGGUCUUUGCUCAAGGGGUGGUUAGGAACUAGUAUCUGGCCGGCUCAUUUUGCUGACUGGAAAGAAUGGCUCAACAGGAAGCCUAGGAGUGUUUUGCAUAGCAUUUAUAUUGCUGUGUUGGCUGCUACAGUUUAUGGAAUGUGGUAUAACAGGAAUUCUUGCAUUUUUUCGGGUUAUUCUUAUACUCCCUGGUAUGUUGUGAGGAUGAUUAAGAAGGCAGUGAAGUACAGAUUGUAUGGUCGGCUCAGUCAGAAAGUUCUUAGGCAAAAUUGUUCUCUAGCAUCUCUUGUUGAUAAUAUGUAA